AUGGCUGAAAAAAUUAAACCGUCUCUUUAUACAUUACCGACAGAACUUAUCUAUCGAAUUCUUAACUAUCUUGAUGAUUUCAAUCUUUUUUGCACAAUGCGAAAUGUCUGUACACGUAUUAAUACAAUCAUGGACAGCUAUCGUCGAUACAAGACACUGACCACACUCUAUAUUGCAGAAAAUCAAAUCGGUGAUCAAGGAGCACAAUAUCUCGCUAACGCUCUGCAAAUAAAUCGAACACUCACCAUACUUUACGUCGCACAAAAUCAAAUUGGUGAUGAAGGAGCGCAACAUUUUGCUAAUGCUCUGCAACAAAAUCAAGUAACAGUUAUAGAUUUCACAUUUUCAAUCUCUUAA